CUUAGUUCAGCAGGCGACCCUGCAAAAUGGAACUGCUGUCACUGUGGGUAACUAAAUAGCUCCUGAUUCUCUGAAGACCUGGACCUGGGCCUACUCGGGCCAGAGAAGACAGCCAGGACCCAGGCCUGCUCAGGCCAGAGAAGACACAGCCAAGUACAACCUGGACCCAGGCCUGCUUAGGCCAGAGAAGACAGCCAGGACCCAGGCCUUCUCAGGCCAGAGAAGACACAGCCAGAGCCUUGAGGGUUUUUUGUUUUGUUUUGUUUUGGGUUUUUUUUGUUGUUGUUUUUUUAAUUAUUGAACUUGACCUUCUCCCUGAAGAUGACAAACAGUUCAACGUUCUGUCCGGUUUACAGAGAUCUGGAACCAUUUACCUAUUUUUUUUAUUUAGUUUUCCUCAUUGGAAUUAUUGGAAGUUGUUUUGCCACGUGGGCUUUUAUACAGAAAACCACAAAUCACAGAUGUGUCAGCAUAUACUUAAUUAAUUUGCUUACAGCUGAUUUCCUGCUCACCCUGGCAUUACCAGUAAAAAUCGUUGUUGACUUGGGUGUGGCACCCUGGAAGCUAAGGAUAUUCCACUGCCAAGUGACAGCCUGCCUCAUCUACAUCAAUAUGUACUUAUCUAUUAUCUUCUUAGCCUUUGUCAGCAUUGAUCGCUGUCUUCAGUUAAUACACAGCUGCAAGAUAUACCGAAUACAAGAACCUGGGUUUGCCAAAAUGAUAUCAACUGUCGUGUGGCUCAUGGUUCUGCUGAUCAUGGUGCCGAACAUGGUGAUUCCCAUCAAGGACAUCAAAGAAAAGUCAAAUGUAGGUUGCAUGGAGUUUAAAAAGGAGUUUGGAAGAAACUGGCAUUUGCUAACAAACUUCAUCUGUGUGGCAAUAUUUUUAAAUUUCUCAGUCAUCAUUUUGAUAUCCAACUUCCUUGUAAUCAGACAACUCUAUAGAAAUAGAGACAACACAAACUAUCCGAGUGUGAAAUCGGCUCUGCUCCACAUUCUCUUGGUGACAGCUAGUUACAUCAUAUGCUUUGUUCCCUACCACGCCGUUAGGAUCCCAUACACCCUCAGCCAGACAGAGGUCAUAUCUGAUUGCUCAACUAGGAUCGCACUCUUCAAAGCCAAAGAGGCCACACUGCUGCUGGCGGUGUCUAAUUUGUGUUUUGAUCCAAUCCUGUACUAUCAUCUGUCAAAAGCAUUUCGACUAAAGGUCACCGAGACUUUCGCCUCACCUAAAAAGACCAAGCCUCUGGAAGAAAGAUUGAGAAGUGAGAAUGAUGUGUAAAAUGCAGGCUUUGCACGUUAGUCCUUCUUCCCAACUAGACCAUAAAGCUGGUCUCAUUUUUCAAAAAUAAAAGAAGAUGCUGAGGUAGAAGAAGAUGCUUGGGAAGAGGAGCCGCCAAUAGCUAGCAAACAGGGACUGGCUCAUGCAGGAAGUCCUUUCCUCAAUCCAAGCCAACCGUGCACUCUCAUAGUUCCUGACAUUCUUUACCUAACGAAGCACAUUGAACCAAGGUCAACUGGAAUGAUCAAAGUGAGGACAGCCAUGGCAAAGACUCAGAAAUUCACUUCAAUUUCUGGAACAUUUACUUUCUGGAUGAAAAUAUAUCAAAUAAUCUAUAUCUAAGUUGACAGGAAGUCCUUCAGCGAUACCUUAAAGGUCUUCCACGACCUAGAAAAAUAAAAGCAUCAAAAUACCUGCAUCAUUUUUAUUUAUAGCUAUUGCCUUGAAAGGUAUUAAAUGUUCUCUAUUCAACA